AUGCGGAAGCAUGAUGGCACAACCAACGCAAGGCUGGUUCUGGCCGAGCAGAACAAGGUACACAAGACCACAGAGCAGUGGGAGACCGCGUUGCUCAGCUGUGCACCUGAAGACCACCUUAAGGCAAUCCAGCUGGCCGAACAUGCCGCCAGGACCCAAGGGCUCGAAGCCGUCACGAGAUUCGUCUAUGUUCGAGUCUGCUAUGUCAAGCAAUGUGGAAAGUACAGCGAUGUCGGGGAGGACGAGUACUGGAGCAUAGGUGUGGCUAUUGGACUCUGCCUGAUUUUCCUGGGCAUAGCCGGCCUGGUGAUCUUCCUCCUCGUUGGAUCGAGUGAUUCCGAUGACGGACAAGAUGACAUCGACAACAGCGACGGUGGCGACGUUGGCGGAGGUGGCGGUAGUAGACUCCCUCCUGCGGCACCAGUCCCUAUAAGAGCUAGAAUGCCAGCUUCGACGACCACGCCUCCAUCAGUAGUCCCAGCAAGUGGACCGAGAGGACCGGUACCUCCAUCUGGCGGACCAGUUCCGCAACAAGGGGGUCCAGCUCCCCCAUCUGGGGGCCCAGGUGCGCCCCAAGGGGUACCAGCGCCGCCAUCUGGAGGACCGGGUUCGCCACAAGGGGGACGAGCUCCCCCAUCUGGGCUCCCAGGUGCGCCCCAAGGGGGACCAGCGCCGCCAUCUGGAGGACCGGGUUCGCCACAAGGGGGACGAGCUCCCCCAUCUGGGGUCCCAGGUGCGCCCCAAGGGGGACCAGCGCCGCCAUCUGGGGGACCGGGUUCGCCACAAGGGGGACGAGCUCCCCCAUCUGGGGUCCCAGGUGCGCCCCAAGGGGGACCAGCGCCGCCAUCUGGGGGACCGGGUUCGCCACAAGGGGGACGAGCUCCCCCAUCUGGGGUCCCAGGUGCGCCCCAAGGGGGACCAGCGCCGCCAUCUCGAGGACCGGGUUCGCCACAAGGGGGACGAGCUCCCCCAUCUGGGGUCCCAGGUGCGCCCAAAGGGGGACCAGCGCCGCCAUCUGGGGGACCGGGUUCGCCACAAGGGAGACCAGGUUCGCCACAAGGGAGACCAGGUUCGCCACAAGGGGGACCAGCUAUCCCAUCUGGGGGGCCAGGUGCGCCCCAAGGGGGACCAGCGCCGCCAUCUAGGGGACCGGGUUCGCCACAAGGGAGACCAGCUGCCCCAUCUAAGCGCCCAGGUUCGCCACAAGGCCGACCAGGUUCACCACAAGGGAGACCAGGUUCGCCACAAGGGAGACCAGGUUCGCCACAAGGGGGACCAGCUCCCCCAUCUGGUGUGCCAGUUCCGCCACCUGGGGGACGAGUUCCGCCAUCUGCGGCCCCUGUUCCGCCAUCUGGGGGACCUCCAUCUCCACCGGGGGGACCAGUAUCGCCACCUGGGGGACCAGUGCCUCCACCGGCAAGACCAGUUCCUCCACCGGUAAGACCAGCUCCCUCACCAACGAGACCAAUUCCCCCACCAACGAGACCGGCUACCCCAUCAACGAGACCGGCUGCCCGACGGACGAGACGAACUCGUCCACCGAGGAGGCGAUUUACUCCACGGGUGAGACCGUCUCCUCCACCGGCGCCACCGACAACCCCGAAGCCGACAACGACAACGACGACGACGACGCAGCUGCCGAUAUACCGGGAGCUUCUGUGUACAGUGGGCGACACAGCAGUCGUAGUGUCCGUGUACCCUCCAGACAGGAUGUGUACGUACUUGUACUACACACACGUGAUCAUCCAGGGGAACAACAUAUACGGCGCGAAAGUGGAGAGCAGCUGGAUGAGUUACAAGUAUGUGGCCUUGAGAUACCGCAAGGUCAAGAUGGGAGUCUCCUUCGACCACCGGUACAUCACCGCGGCCAAGAUAAAAAAUUCCGCCAGUGCUUUGGCCCAGCUGUCCAAUAACAACAUUCGGCACUUCGGCGUGCUCAAUGUCGUCACGGAGGUCGGUGACCUUGUCAAAGCAGUGCUGCCCAUGCAACAAGUUUUUGAGAUCAUUCUUCGUGGACACGGUUAUCGCCAUAACUUCACUGAGCUCGAUGGAGAGCAGAGACGACUGCCGCGCCGUGCCUCCGAACAUCCUCCACACUACGGUAGAUGAUAAAAACCCGAGCUUGGCCAAGCUCUGGUAUCUGUUGAAAAGGAACGCCACUGACACACAGGAAAUAACGCUGGGGCUUUCGUUCGAGAUGGGCACGCUAA